AUGAGUCGUGAAGAGCUGCCUUUCGAGGUUAUCCAGACAUGGAAACCUGAGCAACUGAAAGAGUUCUGUCGCAAGCGGGACUUGAAGGUUUCAGGAACCAAAGCUGAACUUGUAGCCCGCGUAUUUGCCGCGGCAGAAAUGGGCAUUUCCAUCAAGCCAACUGCUCUGGAACGAAUUGCUACUACCGAAAAAGAGAAGGCAAAAUUACUCAUAAUGCCAAACGGGACCUCAGUUCCAGAUCCUUUGACACUGAAGGAUGGCUGGGUGAAGGAAAGCGAGAGCCUGACUUCUUGGCCGCCGAUAUACCUGAGUGAUAUAACAUUGUUUUUGAUGAGGGAAGGAUGUUGACUUCCACAAACGCGUCCUAAAUGAAUACAAAGAAGGGAAGGCGUAUCGUUUGUUUGACUCUGGCUGGUUGAAAGAGAUAUCAUAUCAUAAAAUCACGGAUGACUCGGAAUGUUGCUUUUUAAAAGCAAAAUGCACUCAUUCCAUGAAAAUAUCGGAUACACCGCAUUCUGCAUGGAUUUGUGCGAACAAGAAUAAUGGCUUUAUAGUCAAUGCCUACUGUACAUGUGUUGCUGGGUUUGUAUUACCAAGAUAGAUAAAAGUGGACAUAAAUUAGUAUUAAUUUGUAGGGUCAAACCCUAUUUUUCAUAUCAUUUCAUAGUUUCAUGUUACUGGUGUGAUGGUGCUAUAUGGUGGUAGGGACUCAACCAUGGAAUUAAAAAGGGUACAAGCUCCUUGAAACUAAGAGAGAGUCAUGGUAUAGUAUAAACCAACUAGUGGUCUAUUACAAAUCCUUUAUUCUGAUUGAGAGUGAGCAACUAAUGGCCUAUUAAUGAUAGACCGUGCCUGGCAAAACCACCUGCUUUCUUGCAAUUUGAUUUUUUUUCAACACAAAAUAAUGGUAUCCACACUCACAAACAGAUUAACUUGUUGGUCUAUACUAAAACAAUUAGAAUUUGCAUCUUUUUGUGGUAUUGGCCUCUGGCCCUGUGGUACAUUUGUCAUAUAGCACAUUCUGACUUGAGGUCUAAUUAUUAAAUAAUAGGGAGAUGAAUUUCACAAAACUAGGAGCAGGGCAAUAUUAUUCUUGAACCCCCCAACAGUGUUGAGGUUUUUAGAUGCUACAUGAUUAUUUUCAUUCCCUUUUUUAUAAUUUCAGAAUGAGCAGCUCUUGUAUUCACAUCACAGCAUUGCUGUUUAGAGUUGAGGCAAACUUUUAUAGAGUAUUCACUAAAGUAGAAUCAAUGAAAGUCAAUGAAGAAAAUAGUGCCGAUAAACUUGUUGAUAGCUUAUUGGGAAAAGCUAAACCACCUACAAAUUUACCAGCUCUUAAAUAUGGCAGAGAUAUGGGACCAUUGCAGUUAAGGAACUCAUCAAAUACUUCAAAAAACACCACAAGGAUGUUAGGUAUAGAGAAUGUGGUAUCUUUAUUGAUAAAACUAAACAGUACAUGGGAGCAUCCCCAGACUUACUGAUAGAGUGCUCUUGUUGUGGGGAAGCAGUAGUAGAGAUCAAGAACCCUUUUAGCAUUGCCAAUGAAAUUCCCUCAGCACAUAAUCUGUCAUACUUAUGUAUGUGUAAUGGACAAGUAGCUUUAAAGCAGCAGCAUCUGUACUUUGCACAGGUUCAGGGUGAGAUGGCUAUAACAAAGAGGCAAGUGGGCUAUUUCUUUGUAUACACACAAAAGGGCUAUCACUUGGAAACAAUCAGAUUUAAUGCCACA